UUCUGUACCAAUUUUCCUUUUUUUCUGUUCAGACUCGUUCACCAGAAAUUAUCGAAAUAGAACGCUGGAUCUCUUCGGGGGACAUGCCUGACGUCGGAAUUUCGGUGGUUCCAGAGCAGGUUAGCAUCGUGAACUCCCUGAAUAGGUGCAGGUUUGUUUCGUUUUUCUGAUUCAUUUUUGGAUUUCUGGUUCUAUUUUGUACCUUCGACAAGAUUUUUCAGAUCUGCCUUCAGCUUUUCGAUAUUUAGAACAAGUUUCGUAGUUACGGAUGGUGGUCGGGGGGAAGCGUUUUGUUUAGGGUUUCUGUGCAGCUGCUUUUGUGCAGUUUUUUUUUUUUUUUUGGGUUGGAUUUUAGGUUCUGUUUUCUCGAUUUCCGGAGGAAAUCCUUGAAUUUGGGGAUUCUGCUUCGGUUGUUGAAUGAAAUGAAAGGGGACCUUGUACAUGAUCGGCGUGGGAAGCUGGAGAAGGAUAGGGUGCCUUCGGGAAGAUUGAUCAUCAAGAAGAAAGGGGAUGAGGCGAGUACUGCUGUUUCUUCUGGGAAGCAGAAGCUGUUAUAUUCGAAGAAAGAGAAGAGAAAGCGGUUGAUACUCACUGAUUCUGAAUCUGACAAGGACGUGUUAGUUUCUCCCCGUAGAAAGAUUGUCCGUGGAACCACUCGAGAUAGUAAUGGUUCUGCUGCUCCUAAAAAUAGUACUGUAGAUUAUUCUAAGAGCAAGGGAGAUUUUGAAAGUGGUAGGAAGAAGAAAACUAGGUCUGAACAAAUUAAACAUAGAGAUGAUGCCAAAAGUGUUAUGAACGGAUUUGCUGAAGAUGAAAUUGGAAGCAAGAGAAGUAGGCUGGAUGUUUUUGAAUACACUGAUGAUCCCAUAGUUGACACAAAAAAGCUUAGGAAGUCGCCUUUUGAUGGUGUUGCAAUUGGUACUGGCGGGCACAGCAUUUUGAGUUUGAAAUUUCGGGAGUCAAGUGGUAGGCGGAGGGAACUUGGAAACGAAGGUAGCAGAAGUACAGUGGUUGAGAAGAGGAAAAAAACUGUUUUUGACAGGACUAGCACUGAACAGGAAAGAGGAACAGAUUGUUUGGAUAAGAAGAACAAGUUUGAGGGAAAAAGAGAUGGACCAUUUCAAUCUGUUGGCAUGCUUAGGGAAAAGUCAAGGGAUUCUGGUGAUGAAACUAUCAGGCUGCCUGGGAAAAACGGUGUUUUGAAGGUGAUGAUUAAGAAUAAGAAGAAGGUACUUGGAUCUGAAAAACCUUAUAGUUACCAUGACACAGAAGAAAAUGGAAAGGAUUCUGAGUCUGGAGACACUUCCAUUUGGAACACACCACUCUAUCCUCUCUAUUUGAAAAACAAAUCCCGCGAUGAACCGGAUUCUUUUGUAACAAAGAACCAGGUGAAUCUGCAGAAAUUCUCACCAGCUAAGAGCGAGAAAGCCUGUGAUUGGAAAAUGGAGGACAUUGAUGCAUCAUCAAAGUUGGAUUCAAAGGAGAUGGAUCUAUGUAGUUCCAAGAAAGUGGUAAAGAGCAAAGCAAAGAAGAAUCUAAACGAUGAAAUCCCUUCACCAACUCAAAAGGAGGGAAGAGAAAAGUGUUCGAGCACAAAGAAACAGUUAUUACGAAAUCACAUUCGAGACAUGCUUCUCAGUGCAGGCUGGACAAUUGAUUGUAGACCUAGGAGGAACAGAAACUACUUUGAUUCAGUGUACAUCAAUCCUGCGGGAACGGGUUACUGGUCAAUUGUAAAUGCCUAUGAAGCGCUUAAAAAAGAAUAUGAAAAGAAGAACUCUGGCAGCGAGUCUAAUAGGAUCAAUUUUCCUUUUACUCCGAUACCAGAUGAAGUGCUUGGUACACUAACAAGGCAGACACGUAAAAAGAUUGAAAAGGAAAUGAAAAAGAAGCUCAAAAACAAGAAAGGGAGUAAGAUUUCAGAAGAAGCCAGACAAAAGAAAUCUGCCAAAAAUAAGCACAUUAUAAAGAGGACCGGGAGAAGCAAAGAUGGAGGAACAAUGAGUUCACUAAUCAAGCAUACUGGUAAGUUGCUGAAAGGGAGAAUAAAGGAUAAUGAUAAGGGGCUAGCCAAGAUUCAGAAAUCUACUCAAUCUUCUAAAGAAGUGGAUGAUGCUGAAACUCUGCUUCAUGAAGAGAGCAAUUCGAGUGUUAUCUCACACAAGGGAAUUCAUAUGCUAUCAGGAAAGAAAAAUAAAAAGCCAAGUCGUUGUGCUUUGUUGGUUCGCGGGUCCAACACUGGUGUAAAUCCAGAUGGUGAUGAUUUCAUUCCAUACUCUGGAAAACGAACUGUGCUUUCCUGGCUUAUUGAUUCAGGAACUGUUCCUUUGAGUGGGAAAGUGCAGUAUAAGAAUAGAAGGCGCACACGAGUGAUGCUGGAGGGUUGGAUUACCCGGGAUGGCAUUCACUGCGGAUGCUGUAGCAAGAUCCUCACUGUUUCAAAGUUUGAGAUUCAUGCAGGAAGCAAACUGCGGCAGCCGUUCCAAAAUAUUUUUGUAGAGACUGGGAUUUCUCUCUUUCAGUGCCAGCUUGAUGCAUGGAAUAGACAGGAGGAUUCUGAAUGUCAUGGAUUCCAUUUCGUAGAUUUUGAUGGUGAUGACCCAAAUGAUGACACCUGUGGCAUUUGUGGAGAUGGUGGGGAUCUGAUCUGCUGUGAUGGCUGUCCUUCAACUUUCCAUCAAAGCUGCUUGGGUAUACAGAUGCUUCCUACAGGUGAUUGGCAUUGUCCAAAUUGUUCAUGCAGAUUCUGUGGGGGAGUUGGUGUUAGUAUUGCUCAGAAGGAUCCUGUAACUACCUCUGCAAUACCCAAAUGCAGUCUCUGUGAAAAAAAAUAUCAUCAGUUGUGUGUUGAGGAAACAGAUGUUGUUCCUGUUGAUUCCAAUAAUCCACACUCUUACUUUUGUGGCUUCAAGUGCAAACAGCUUUUUGAGCAAUUACAGAAGCUUCUCGGUGUUAAACAUGAGCUUGAAGACGGGUUUUCGUGGACUCUCAUUCAGCGUUGUGACUUGGACUCCGAUAUGUCUCCCCGUGUGCUGCCUCAAAGGGCUGAAUGCAAUUCUAAGCUAGCUGUUGCACUGGCUGUUAUGGAUGAGUGUUUUCUGCCCAUUGUUGACCGGAGGAGUGGGAUCAAUUUGAUUCACAAUGUUCUGUACAGUUGUGGAUCAAACUUUAAUCGUCUAAACUAUAGUAGCUUCUACACUGUUGUUCUGGAGAGGGGUGAUGAAAUCAUCUCUGCAGCAUCGAUCAGGAUCCAUGGGACAAGGUUAGCAGAGAUGCCCUUCAUUGGGACUCGUCAUAUUUAUAGACGCCAAGGAAUGUGCCGUCGGCUUCUAAAUACAAUUGAGUCGGUCCUCUGCUCUCUAAAUGUGGAGAAACUGAUCAUACCUGCUAUCUCCGAACUUAUGCAUACAUGGACUGUAGUUUUCGGGUUCAAACCUCUUGAGGAGUUGCACAAACAAGAAAUGAGAUCCAUGAAUAUGCUAGUAUUCCCUGGUGCAGAUCUUUUACAGAAGUUUCUGCUGAAGGAUGAACUCUCUGAGGGGAAUGUUAGUGCUGUUGAAGUUAUGGAGCCUGUUGUAGUCCAAAGCGGUGGCGAUAGGCCUAAGGCAGCAAUGGUAUACGAUAUUGGUUGUCCUGCUGAGCCUGAUGUCACUGCCUCUGAUAAGGGUGUUGUCCGUGAAGGUCAAGUAAAAACUGAAGAAGUUUCUGCUGUUGGAUCAAGUUUCCAGGAUACUGGUGGUUCUUCGCAUGAUACUUCUGAUGUGAUGCAAGGUCCAUUAGAUGGUCCUGCUAGUCCUAAUGUCUGUGCUUCUGAUGAGGAUGUUGUCUGUGAUAGUCAAGUAAAAAAAGAUGAAGUUGCUUCUGUUAGAUCUGGUUUCGAGGAUAUCAGUGGUUUGUCACAUGAUACUUCUGAUUUGAUGUGCAAUCCUUCAGAUGGUCCUGGUCAAGCAAUGUUUCAAGCUUUCACGGAGAGAAGCACGUCAUAUAAGUCUGAAGAAGUUUCUAUUGACUCCGCAUCUCUCCUUUAUUCUUGUCCCACACAAGAUGAACUUGUGAAAGAAAAAAAGCCUCCUGCUAUUCCUAAUGUCUGUGCUUCUGAUGAGGAUGUUGUCUGUGAUAUUCAAGUAAAAAAAGAUGAAGUUGCUUCUGUUAGAUCUGGUUUCGAGGAUAUCAGUGGUUUGUCACAUGAUACUUCUGAUUUGAUGUGCAAUCCUUCAGAUGGUCCUGGUCAAGCAAUGUUUCAAGCUUUCAUGGAGAGAAGCACGUCAUAUAAGUCUGAAGAAGUUUCUAUUGACUCCGCAUCUCUCCUUUAUUCUUGUCCCACACAAGAUGAACUUGUGAAAGAAAAAAAGCCUCCUGCUAUUCCUAAUGUCUGUGCUUCUGAUGAGGAUGUUGUCUGUGAUAUUCAAGUAAAAAAAGAUGAAGUUGCUUCUGUUAGAUCUGGUUUCGAGGAUAUCAGUGGUUUGUCACAUGAUACUUCUGAUUUGAUGUGCAAUCCUUCAGAUGAUCCUGGUCAAGCUAUGUUUCAAGCUUUCACGGAGAGAAGCACGUCAUAUAAGUCUGAAGAAGUUGCUAUUGACUCCGCAUCUCUCCUUUAUUCUUGUCCCACACAAGAUGAACUUGUGAAGGAAAAAAAGCCUUUGUCGGAUUCUGCUAUUGCAUUUACUACUCAAUCUAGUUCAGAGGGUGAGGAAGAUUGUUUUCUUGAAGUAAAGCUUGAUGUUGCUGGCACUAAACCUGAUCUUUGCUCUCUAGAGGAAAUUUCUCUGCAGAAAACUACCAAGAUAACCGAAUAG